UCCUCUCUGAGAGGAUCCAGCCUCAGUCCUGCAGCUUCAGCUCUAUCAGCGCGCUGGAACCAGCGGGACAGGAUCAGCACCAACACCUCUCACUUUUUUUAUUACCAAACCUUGGACCUUUUUAUUGUUUUUUUUUUUUUUUUUUUUCAUGUCACCAGAAAACCCAGCAACUCCACGCGAAGCUCUCUGUCCUUUCCACGGAUUCAUUUCCACGGCCCGGUGAUGGACUUCAACCUGCUGACCGACAGUGAGACCCGCAGCCCGGCGCUGUCUCUGUCUGACGCCGGGACCCCGCAGCAUGAGGCGGGCUGUAAGGGCCAGGACCACAGCGACACUGAGAAAUCCCAACAGAAUAAGCUGGAAGAGCCAGGUGUUGACGACGGCUCUCUGAAGAAGAAGCAGCGACGGCAGAGGACUCACUUUACGAGCCAACAGCUCCAGGAGCUGGAGGCCACCUUCCAGAGAAACCGCUACCCAGACAUGAGCACCAGAGAAGAGAUUGCUGUUUGGACCAACCUCACUGAGGCUCGAGUCAGGGUGUGGUUUAAAAACCGACGUGCAAAGUGGAGAAAAAGGGAAAGGAACCAGCAGGCGGAGCUGUGUAAGAAUGGCUUUGGUGCCCAGUUCAAUGGACUCAUGCAGCCGUACGAUGAGAUGUACCCAGGAUAUUCCUACAACAACUGGGCCACUAAGGGCUUAGCAAGCAGUCCACUCUCCGCCAAAAGCUUCCCCUUCUUCAACUCAAUGAAUGUAACCCCCCUGUCCUCCCAGCCUAUGUUCUCACCCCCGAGUUCCAUCCCCUCCAUGAACAUGGCCUCCAGCAUGGUGCCCUCAGCUGUAGGCGGGGUCCCUGCUGCAGGGCUAAACAACCUGGGGAACCUCAACAACCUCAACAGUCCUACGGCGCUCAACUCCGUAGCAGUGACUGCAGCCACAUGCCCCUACGCCACUACAGCCGCUCCCUACAUGUACAGAGACACUUGCAACUCCAGCUUGGCGAGCCUACGGCUCAAAGCCAAACAGCACACCAACUUUGCUUAUCCAGCGGUACAGAAUCCCGUGUCCAAUCUGAGCCCUUGUCAGUAUGCUGUGGACCGACCUGUGUGAAGUCCAGCCAUGACUCACCCAACCGGCUGUAAAUUCACCGUUCAUCCGGCUCUAAUACCUUCAACGCCAUCUCUAAACGACUGGUCAUACAGUUGAUGUCUCGACUGUAAACCUUCAAUCCAAUCAUCAUCAACAACAAAAGAUAUCCCAGAUGGACCAGUGUUUGGUCACCAGAAUUACGCCCAGUUAGACUCAGUUGCUGAACCGAACUUUUAAGGGACUUUUUCCUUGUUUGAACUGCAUGAUGAGAAACGUAACAAAGCUACAGAUGCUAACAACCUUUGGACUGGUUGUAGCAUUAUUAGCAUCUCGGGCAAGAAACCUCCAAUACAGCUCCAGCAGAAAGGUGGACUCAUGGGUUAAAGCAAGCAAAUUAGACAGUGUACAUAAUAUUUUUCCUGCUUUGUGUGAAUAUAUAUAUAAAACAAGCCCAAAAUUGUU